GAGCAUGCGCAGUGUGGGCCGGGCGGGGCUGGCGAGGGAGCGCGUGUGGAGCGGGCGCAGAGGCGGGCGUUGCUAUGGCGACGGCCAGCGGCCGCGGAGUUGCCAGAGGGAGCUGGGGCGGACGUCCCUGGGUCCCCGUGUUCCCAGCAGAGUCGAGGCAUGCGGAGGCUUGGAGGCGGGGGCGGAAAGGAGGGCGGCCCGCGAGGCGGGCGGGCAGAAGAAUAAAAGGAAUAUGAUAUGAUGUGAUGAUAGAAUUUGUGAUAGCCAGGCAACAACUUCUCAUUCGGCAUGUUAAAACAUAAGGGUCACUCAUCUAAGAAAAAUAACUUGGCAAUCAAUGCAGUUGCUUUACAAGAUCACAUUUUACAUGAUCUUCAGCUUCGAAACCUUUCAGUUGCAGAUCAUUCUAAGACACAAGUACAAAAGAAAGAGAACAAAUCUCUAAAAAGAGAUGCAAAGGCAAUAAUAGAUACUGGACUUAAAAAAACUACACAGUGCCCCAAACUAGAAGAUUCAGAAAAAGAAUAUGUUCUUGAUCCCAAACCGCCACCAUUGACUUUGGCACAGAAGCUGGGCCUCAUUGGGCCUCCACCACCUCCGCUGUCAUCAGAUGAGUGGGAGAAGGUGAAACAGCGGUCCCUCCUGCAAGGGGACUCCGUGCAGCCGUGCCCCAUCUGUAAAGAAGAUUUCGAGCUUCGUCCCCAGGUGCUGCUUUCAUGUUCCCAUGUGUUCCACAGAGCAUGUCUUCAGGCUUUUGAAAAGUUCACAAAUAAGAAAACCUGUCCUCUCUGUAGAAAGAACCAGUAUGAAACCCGAGUGAUACAUGACGGGGCCCGCCUGUUCAGGAUAAAGUGUGCCACCAGAAUCCAAGCCUGUUGGAGAGGAUACGUUGUUAGAAAGUGGUACCAAAACCUGAGGAAAACAGUACCUCCCACAGAUGCCAAGUUAAGAAAAAAAUUCUUUGAAAAAAAGUUCACAGAAAUCAGUCACCGCAUCCUGUGCUCAUACAACACCAACAUCGAAGAGCUCUUUGCAGAAAUCGAUCACUGCUUGGCAGUAAAUCGAAGUGUUCUUCAGCAGUUGGAAGAAAAAUGUAGCCAUGAGAUCACAGAAGAGGAAUGGGAAAAAAUCCACGAACAGGCUCUGCGCCGGGAGGCCCGCGACUGCUCCAUCUGCCUGGCCCCUCUGUCCCCUGCCAGCAGUCAGUGCGUGGGCACAGGCCAGCGUUCCCGAGAGACAGCACUCCUGUCCUGCUCACACGUGUUCCACCACGCCUGUCUGCUCGCGUUAGAGGAGUUCUCCGUAGGAGAUGGGCCUCCUUUCCAUGCCUGUCCUCUCUGCCGCUCCUGCUACCAGAAGAAAAUUCUUGAAUGUUGAAUUCAUAUUCAGGGAAAGUAAGAGAAUUCUGAGGAAAAAAAGUUGACCACAAUUUUGGAUGAACUGCAUGGGUUCUGUUUUAAGUACUACAAUGUAAUCUGUUCCCCAGAGAAAUAAGCUAUUGGUAGUUGUAGGAAAUCUAAGUAUAUUUUAAAAGCUGACAGUCCUUCUAAUUUUAGUCUUUUGUCUCUAAAAAGUAAAUUUCAAAUUCAUGGGUUUAGUCACUUGAAAUAAAUGAACGGUGCGAAAAAUGGGCUUGCCUACUUUUAAGGAUGGAGGUUAGGAUAUAACUAGUAUCUGACAAGCUAGGAAACUAAACAUGUUUCUUAAGUUCCAAAUGUUUCCGUUAAUAUUUUAAGUAUCUUAAAGCCUUUGCCAUUCCUAAUAUUUGUUUUGUAAUAAUUGCUAUAUUUGUGUAGUAAAAUAUAAAAAUAUUCAGUGGCAUUCAACAUCAAAAAACAGAAAUUUUAAUGUCUUAGAGCAAUAAAGACUGUUUUAGUUCAUACAUUUUAAAAAAGUGAAGCUUUUUGACUAAGAGUUGUUUUUGUCGCUGGUUUACAAUUACUGGGAGCUUGGUUAUUUACAGUAACCAAUUACAGUCUCAUCAGUUAGGUUGCCCCUAGCCGAGUAACAGAUAAAACCCCAAAUCUCAGUGGCUCGCCGAAGACAAAUGUGAUUUCUGAGGUGUCCACCCCAUGUCAGCCAUGGGGUGAGGCUGAGGGUCUGCCAUGGUGACCGUGGCUCCUUUUGUCUUGUGACAUGAAGGCUCCUUUGCCCCAGAGUCCCCUAGUGAAUCCUCUCACGGCCGGUGGAGGAGGAGGAGGGGGAUUUUCCAGGCCAUUCUUGGAAGUGGCGCACAUCGCUCCAACCACAGGUAACUACAAGGGGAAGGAAACAGCAGGGUGAGCCCCAGAGGAAAAAGCCAGCCAGGUGCACACACGGCACAGGCUCAGAAGAAUCCGCCGUCUAAUGUGUGAAGAAACAGGAAAAUUUCCAUCACCUCAUCACUUAGAAAAAGUACUCUGAUAUGUUUUGUGAUUUACACAUAAAACUACAUAGGUAUGUACAAUUUAUGAGUAAAUAUGCAUAU